UUGUUACAGCCCCAGUGGGAAAAGCAGGAUGAAUGCUCCAAUUGCACCCAUUGGAUUUGCACGAAUAGAAUAUGUGCACGAUUGGAACACACACAUGCUGCUUGGCGGGCAUGGACACAUCUUUCAGUCGUGCUCACAUCCCUAGGCAUUGGUGGUCAGCUCGCGCAGCUGUUUGGUUGGAUUGGUUCACUCCAGGUUAGUCGGUGGUGGCUUCGAUCGUCGGUAGGAGGAAGCGUGUGCGUUCACAAAUCUUGGGAUGAGCCGUCACACAUACGUAACGCCGGCCUUGCUGUGCUUCAUCUGUACCGUGCCAGCAAAGACAGAGGCUAUAUCCCUUUGGUACAUACCGGGUGAUUGGCACCGAGACGACAUGCUAACAACCUCCCCCCCCAGCUGCACUUGGGCAAAUCUGGCAGAGUGCCAGUGGUCCUGGCGCCAUGAAGAGACGCUUAACGGAGGCUAUUUCCUAAAGCUGCUCGGAUUGCAGGCCGAGGUAGAAAGGGGAGGUCCUCGUCGGUGCUUUCAGACGUCGGUGAAGAGGCGCGAAACUGCAACCACUUGCAUGAAAGUGAGCAGACCAAGAGCGCACAAAGUUUUAGUGAUAAACAUACUCCGUGCUCCAUACUCCCAGGUCAUUGCAUCGCAAGGUCUAAUCUCUUUAGCGUCGCAGUAGCUGGACUGGCGAAUAGUGGGCCAAAGGUUGGACGCAAGGUGAUCCCGGUUCGAGAGAACCAUCCAGCGGCUCUCGAGCUGUAACAUAAUAUUGCUCACAUCCAUUGUAUCUGUAUCAUGUAUG